AUGUCGUCCUUCAAACCCAAAGACCCAAAGUGGUGGAGAAAAACGGUCGAGGAGGCUCUAAAAAGGUCUUCUCGCAAUCUUGAAGACAGCCCCGACUCGACGACCACCAGUAAUGAACAGUUCGACGAUCAUGCUGUCAGUGUUCGGGAUUCAUGUGGAGUCGAGAAGCAGAAACAAGGAGCAAAGAAGUGUAAAGCGCAAGCACUUAAAAAGGGCUUUUCUGAACACAAGCUGGCGGAUCCACCUGUGACACUGAGAGGAACGAGUACAGUGUCACCGACAGCUACAGACUUUUGGCAGGUUAAAGCAAGUGAGAAAGACAACACUACCUACCAUUCUGGAGGCCUUUAUACUCAUUCUAGAGGAGUUCUGCAGGAGCAUCUGAGUGACCAUGUCCUUGUCGAUAGAUCGCCUAUCUUACAAACGACUGCAUCUACAGGAAAUCCGCCUGCUUCAGUACAGCCACCGGUGCCACUCGCCCCUACGGAUACCGACGUUGACACUGACGCGACUGUGGAAGAUGAUUCGAAUUCAACUUGGCCAGUACGAUUGCUCACCAACGCCGAGACUGCCGUUUUUCCAGGAGACAAUCAGAUAGAAGUGGUGCUGUCAGACAACCUGGACCUUCCGAGAUACGAGCCGAAUGCUGGAGACUGCCCUGGACCAGCACCACGAUGCUCACUAUUUGACCAGCACCUCAAAUCUCUGAAUGAGCACUACUCUCGACCCACACCAGCGCUUACACCACAGUUCUCAGAUCGUCGGUUGACACCUCCAGCUGAUGACUCUACAACUGAUACACAGUGGUCAACACAGCCAUAUCCAUGGUCUGAACAUACUUCAGAUACAGACCAGGAAGAUGCAGAUACCAUAACCGGGAGUAGCAACUUGCCCCUUCCAACUCAAAAACCAAGAUUUACACGUCCUACUGGACCACUUCUGAAUCUCACCUUCCGUUACGUCUCUCCAGGUAUCCAACGAGCGUACCCGAUGAAGACUCUCCCUCGACUGCUGUCAUCAACCCUGCCCGACAAAAUCCUACAGGCACUGAAUACCGAUGGCGAUACAACAUCGAUUUCCAGGCAGAGCUAUCAUGAUCCUGAGUUAACCCAUACCGACACUUAUGAAAUUCCGGAUUUAAAUUCAGCGAACGCCAACGAAAACAGGGACGACGCAGAGGACUCCACCACAACUCCAGAGACAACUAUCAAAGCAACCGCCCUACGCGCCGCAAGCUCUCUCAUCAAGCGCAGAAUCCUCUAUCGCACAAUCAAGAAAUUCUACGAAGACGAAGCCAGGCGUGGUCGUGUCAAGAAGAGUACAGGCCUGAUACCGAGAGUCUCAUUUGAUGAUUCCGCUGCACGUGAGACUUUAGCAGGGUGGAAGGGUAUAGAUGUUGAGGACUUAAAAUUGAGUAGGUGCGAUUAA